AUGGAAGACGUCAGUAUCGAGAGAGCCCACAGGAUCGGCAAAAGAGAGAGUGGAAAGAUUCGCCCGAUUGUUGUGAAAUUCACCAGAUUUCCUCAGCGGGAGCUUGUGCGUAAGAGUGCAUUUAAGUUGAAAAACACAGAUCUCUCCAUUUCCGAGCAAUACCCAAGGGAAAUCCAAGAAAGAAGAAAACAACUUCUUCCAGUGCUGAAGCAAGCGAAGGCCAACAACAGGAAAACGGUUUUUGUUAAAGAUAAGCUUUUCAUUGAUGGGCGACUCUACAGACAGGACCAGGGAACAACACCAUUACCAGACCGAAAGGGAUCCCAGUCGAGGUGA